CUAAGACCGACCCGGAAGCGAAACGGAGGGGACUUCCGUUCUUUGUUCUGUCCCCGGUGUGUGGGUCCGUGACAGUGUCCAACGGGGCCUGUUUGGUGUCCGGUCCCCUAAAUCUACCGUCCCUACCCCCAGGUCCUACAGCACUGAUAGCAAAUAAGUCUGAACUCCCAGGGAUUUGAACAGAGGCUGCCAAGUUCACAAUAAUUGCUACUCUGGCCUUCUAGAGACUAACUCCAGAGAAGGAAGGAAAGAGUCCAGCAGUGCUUCCACCUUCUCAUACAAACCCUGCUUCCUGCUGACUCUGAAAAUAGGAGACCAGAGAUCCGAGCUUCUAGUACGACCCAUGGAAACUCAGGCUGAUCGAGUAUCUCAGGAACCUCAGGCCUUGCUUGAGAGCGCUCUUCCUUCCUCAAGAGGCCCCGCGUUUCCUGACAAGGGCGUUCUGGGGGAUGAGAUGCUGGCAGCUGCGCUCCUGAAGGCCAAGGCCCAGGAACUGGUGACCUUUGAGGAUGUGGCUGUGUACUUCAUCCGGAAGGAGUGGAAGCGUUUGGAGCCUGCCCAGAGGGACCUCUACAGGGACGUGAUGCUGGAGAAUUAUGGCAACGUGUUCUCGCUGGAUGGUGAGACCAGAACUGAGCCUGAUUCUGAAAUUUCUGAAGAUAGAGGAUCACAUGGGGUGCUGUUGGGAAGAUUCCAGAAGGAUAUUUCUCAGGGUCUUAAGUUUGAAGAAGCCUAUGAACAAGAAGUCAGUCUGAAGAGGCAGCUGGGGAGCUCCUCUGGAGAGAGACUGAAUAGGAAGAUGCAGGAGUUUGGUCAAGUGGCAGCUGAGGAGCAGCGAGCCCCCACGGGAGGUAGAAGUGAGAAGUGCGGCGAUCUGAGGGACAGCUUCACAGUGGGCGCCAACCUCAUUUCCCAUCAGAGACUCCCUGUGGGGGACAGGCCCCAUAAGUGUGAUGAAUGUAGCAAGAGCUUUAAUCGAACUUCAGACCUCAUUCAGCAUCAGAGAAUCCACACUGGGGAGAAACCCUAUGAAUGUAGCGAGUGUGGGAAGGCCUUCAGCCAGAGCUCACACCUUAUUCAGCAUCAGAGGAUCCACACUGGGGAGAAACCUUACGAGUGCAACGACUGCGGGAAGACCUUCAGCUGCAGCUCAGCUCUCAUUCUUCACCGGAGGAUCCACACGGGAGAGAAGCCCUAUGAAUGUAACGAGUGUGGGAAAACCUUCAGCUGGAGCUCCACCCUCACUCACCACCAGAGGAUCCACACUGGAGAGAAACCAUACGCUUGUAACGAAUGUGGGAAAGCCUUCAGCAGGAGCUCCACCCUCAUUCACCACCAGAGGAUCCACACUGGAGAGAAGCCCUAUGAAUGUAACGAGUGUGGGAAGGCCUUCAGCCAGAGCUCACACCUCUAUCAGCACCAGAGGAUCCACACUGGAGAGAAGCCCUAUGAAUGUAUGGAAUGUGGAGGGAAGUUUACCUAUAGCUCAGGCCUUAUUCAGCAUCAAAGAAUCCACACUGGGGAGAAUCCCUAUGAAUGUAGUGAGUGUGGGAAAGCCUUUAGGUACAGCUCUGCUCUGGUUCGCCACCAGAGAAUUCACACUGGAGAGAAGCCUUUGAAUGUAAUGGGAGUGAGCAAAAGUUCCCUCCAAGUCACUGCUGAAGUAAAUAUCAGAGAGUCUACGUGAAAGAGAGGCACACGCCGGUUUUCCUCACUUCCUGAGUCUCCAGAGCUCCUGCCUUACUACCUGAGUAUGAACUUAGGACGUGUCCCUUCUGACUCCAACCUUUCACCAUAGAGAACGGGGCCUGUUGGGCAAAUCAUCCUGGCCCCGUGAUUAGCAACCUAGUCAUUUUUCCCAGGAAUGAUUCCAGCCUUGAAGAAUUAGGCUGCCAGCAACAGAUGGAGCGCUGGGAGCAGAGGAAACUCUGGGAUCAGUCUCCUUCCAUUUGGGAGGGGAGUUUGCACUAGACCAUUUUUCUCACACCGGAAGAGCCUUUCCACAGUGGAGAUGGAAGCACAGUAGGAAUAAAAUUCCAGGGGUUCCUCUAGUUGGAGUUGGCACAGUCAGCACAGAAGAAAGUGGAAAGAAUGUUCUGGGUUGUGUUUCGUGCUAGAAAGGGGAAAUGGAGGCUGCAUUUCAAAGCCACUGCUUCUAAUCCAGCUUUAAAUUUUGAUGAGGAAUUUCUUCUUUUGAUAAGGAAUGUGCUAUUUUGUUUCCUGACUUCAUUAAUUAUGGAAAUCUGGUGCUGAGGGAUUUGUUAUUUCAUUGGGCAGGUGUAGGGGAACACUGAGAGAGGUUUUCUGUAGUGACCAUGUAUCCUCCCGGGCUCUUGGAGCAGCAAGACCAAACCUCCACGCAUUUGGUGGAGAACUCGCUCAUCCCUUUUAUGACAGGACUAAUUGCAAAGCCCAGCUCCUCCGUGAGCAUAACCUGAGGGGAAGGAUCCAAAGCCUUUAGCACUGGCCUCAGUUUUCCUUCUCUCCUCUUCCUCCGGCCACUCCUGUGAUGGAAAGUGAUUUAAGCUAAACCCCUAGCUACCAAGGAUGCUUUUAAGGAGCUCGCUCAGCCAGCUUGCCCUGCCCUCUGAGAUCUAUGACCUAUGGCCUCUGGCCCCAGCCGCUAGACCUCUCCCGACCCCACCUCUGACUUCAGCAGCCAAGUGUGAAUGCAGAGAGCAAAGCCCCAAGGAGGAAGCUUGGGCCUGACCCUAGUGGAGGGCUCCUUGCUGGGUUAGGAUGGAGCUCCCCAAGUUUUCCCAGCAGAAGGGAUGACCUUUCAUUCUGUUUUCCCAGUCCUGCUCAUCUGUAGCAUAAAUGAAAUGCACUAUUAAACAGAAUAGUUUUUCAGAA